UCUUCUUCUUCUUCUUCCUCCCUCCUUCCCUCCCCCCUCCUUUGGGUGCUUUUUCCACCUCUUCAUCCAAAAUAAUCCAAGAUCAACUCUUCUUGCAAACAACAGAAAGACGGUUCAUGGCUCAGGCGACAGUUCCACCAUCUUUCAAGCUGCUGCGGCUAUUAUUACUGCUACUAUUACUGUUGUUAUUGCUGGUUAAUCAACAGACCAGUCCUUUGCCUGUUGGAGUACGAAAAUGUACAAGCAAACAAAUUCUGGAAGAGGACUGUUGUGUUUUAAACAUAGACUCUUGGGGACAAUGAAGACAUAUGACUACAAAAGUGAAAAGAUCAUUUGUGUUUAGAUGUGCAGAUCAGCUCUCAAAAUGUCUUCUGUGUCUUCCAUGUACCUCCUAAGCCAGUUGUGUUAGCCCUCCAACUAGUUGACUAAUAGAAUUAAUAACUGUAAAAGCAAAACAAAAAACAAAACAAAAACAAAACCACACACAACAAAAAGCAUUCUAGAGCCACAUGCCUUAUGAAGUCAAUGCUGGGUAUGAUUUUACAAAUAUGGUCCGGAAAAAGAACCCCCCUCUAAGGAACAUUGCUAGUGAAGGUGAAACAGAGACCCUCAAGUCGCCGGGUAUCGUAAGUGACAGUACUGAAGGGAAACCAGAAUUUUCUGCUGGUCAGAUGCAAGAAAACGCUGAGCUGGGUGAGGCUGGGGAGCAAACUGACAAGGAGGGCUUUUGCACGCAUGUCCCUGAGCCAUCUCCCAGUACUACAAAGGACUUGAAAAGCUCAGUGACGAAUGAAAAGGCUGGCUUUAAUUAUGAAAGCCACAAUAAGGGAGGAAAUGUUCCAUCCUUCCCUCAUGAUGAGGUGACAGACAGAAAUAUGCUGGUCUUCUCAUCUCCAGCUGUUGAGGGAACCUCAGAGUCCUUGAAGUCUCCUCUCAGAUCAGAUGCAGAUGACACCCAAGAUGUGGUCUGCACCCCGUCAGGCAAUCUGAUGGAGAAAAAUGAAGAGUACUGCAUGUCGCCAAAAUCUGUGGAUGAAACAGUACAUGCGCAAAGCGGUCAAUCUGAUGGCCGAGGUUCAAGCCCAGCCUCGGUGGCCUCAAAAAACCCACAAGUGCCUUCAGAUGGGGACUUAAAGCCAAACAAAUUGAAAACAGAUUUGUUGGCAAAUGAGAAUCCAGAUAUGGCGCCUCUGUCUCCAGAGCUUCAGGACUUUAAAUGCAACAUCUGUGGCUAUGGUUACUAUGGGAACGACCCCACAGAUCUCAUCAAACACUUUCGCAAGUACCACCUUGGGCUGCACAACCGUACCAGGCAGGAUACUGAGCUCGACACUAAAAUUUUGGCUCUCCACAACAUGGUGCAGUUCAGCCACUCCAAAGACUUCCAAAAAGUCAAUUGCUCUGUGCUGUCAGGUGUCCUGCAAGACAUCAAUUCUCAAAGGCCUGUCUUGCUAAAUGGGACUUACGAUGUGCAGGUGACUUUAGGUGGGACCUUUAUUGGCAUUGGACGCAAAACUCCGGAUUGCCAGGGCAACACCAAGUAUUUCCGCUGCAAGUUCUGCAACUUCACCUACAUGGGCAAUUCGUCAACAGAGCUGGAGCAACACUUCUUGCAGACCCAUCCAAACAAGAUAAAAUCCACUCUUCCUGCCUCUGAAACCAGCAAAGCCUCAGAGAGGAACUCGAGCAAGUCCAGUCCUAGUGUUCGAUCAUGUGAGGCUGGAGAUUUGGGGAAAUGGCAGGACAAGAUUACCGUAAAAGCUGGAGAUGACACUCCAGUUGGUUAUUCGGUGCCCAUCAAGCCUCUUGAAUCCUCUAGACAAAACGGUACGGAUGUCUCCAGUUACUACUGGUGCAAAUUCUGCAGCUUUAGUUGUGAAUCAUCCAGCUCACUCAAACUGUUAGAACAUUACAGCAAGCAUCAUGGGGGGAGCCAGGCAGGGGGCCUUCACCCAGAUCGGAAUGACAAGCUCUCAAGGGGGUCGGUCAUUAAUCAUAAUGACUUAGCCAAAAAUUCAGAUGGAGAGUUAGCAGCAAAGACUGAGAAGGGCUCUAGUGUGGCCAAAAAGAAAGACUUUACCAGCUCAGGAGUGGAGGACAACGUGGUGACAAGCUACAAUUGUCAGUUUUGUGAUUUUAGGUACUCUAAAAGUCAUGGCCCAGAUAUAAUAGUGGUGGGGCCUCUUCUUCGUCAUUAUCAGCAGCUACACAACAUUCACAAAUGUACUAUUAAGCACUGUCAGUUUUGUCCUCGAGGCCUCUGUAGUCCAGAAAAGCACCUUGGAGAAAUUACUUAUCCUUUUGCUUGCAGGAAAAGUAAUUGUUCCCACUGUGCUCUCUUGCUUUUGCACUUGUCCCCUGGAAUGCCAGGAGGCUCCAGAGUCAAGCACCAGUGUCACCAGUGCUCUUUCUCCACCCCUGAUGUAGACAUUCUCCUGCUUCACUAUGAAACCACACAUGAAGCCCAGGUGUCUGAAGUCAAGCAAGAAGCAAAUGCCCUGCAAGGGGGGGAUGGACUGCUGACUGUCAAAGAAAGCAAGGAACACUCAUGUACCAAAUGUGACUUUGUCACUCAGGUGGAAGAGGAGAUUUCUCGACACUACAGGAGAGUCCAUAACUGUUACAAAUGCCGCCAGUGCAGCUUUACAGCUGCUGAUACUCAGUCCUUACUGGAGCACUUCAACACUGUGCACUGUCAAGAGAUGGAGGCCACCACAGCCAAUGGGGAAGAUAGCCAUGGAGUGACUGCUGCUCUAAAAGAAGAACCUAAAGUUGACUUGAAGGUGUAUAGCCUGAUUAAUGCUGACCCAAAAAUGGGAGAGUCUGUCUCUGAGAGCAUAGUGAAGAAGGAAAAGCUGGAUGAGAAGGAAGUAUUGAAAGAGAAGUGUUGGCCUGAUGGGUCCAGUGACGAUCUUCGCAGCACACCAUGGAGAGGAGUGGACAUUUUGAGGGGAAGUCCAUCCUACACCCAAACAAGCUUGGGCCUUCUGACCACAGUGUCUGUUGGCCAAGAACAGCCAAAGCCCUUAAGGGAUAGUCCAAAUGUAGAAGCUGCACAUCUUGCACGGCCUGUUUAUGGCUUACCUGUUGAGACCAAGGGGUUCCUUCAGGGGGUACCCCAAGGAGGUGGAGAGAAACCUGGACCAUUCCCUCAGCCAUAUCCUGGAUCUGGUGAUAACAAGUCAAAAGAUGAAUCUCAGUCCCUCCUACGGAGACGAAGAGGCUCGGGUGUUUUUUGUGCCAAUUGCCUGACCACAAAGACCUCUCUCUGGAGAAAGAAUGCAAAUGGAGGAUAUGUAUGCAAUGCGUGUGGUCUCUACCAGAAGCUUCACUCGACUCCGAGGCCUUUAAACAUCAUUAAGCAGAACAACGGUGAGCAGAUCAUUAGGAGACGGACAAGAAAGCGCCUUAACCCGGAGGCACUUCAGGCUGAGCAGCUAAACAAACAGCAGAGAGGGAACAGUGAGGAACAAGUCAACGGCAGUCCAUUAGAUAGGAGGUCAGAGGAUCACUUAACAGAAGGUCACCAGAGAGAAAUUCAGCUUCCCAGCCUGAGUAAAUAUGAAGCCCAGGGUUCAUUGACUAAAAGCCAUUCUGCUCCACAGUCAAUAUUGGUCAGCCAAUCUCUGGAUAUUCAUAAAAGGAUGCAACCUUUGCACAUUCAGAUAAAAAGUCCUCAGGAAAGUACUGGAGACCCAGGUAAUAGUUCCUCUAUAUCAGAAGGAAAAGGAAGCUCAGAGAGAGGGAGUCCAAUAGAGAAAUACAUGAGACCUGCUAAGCACCCAAACUAUUCGCCACCUGGAAGCCCUAUUGAAAAGUACCAGUACCCACUUUUUGGGCUUCCGUUUGUACACAAUGACUUUCAAAGUGAAGCUGAUUGGCUGAGAUUCUGGAGUAAAUAUAAGCUGUCCGUUCCUGGGAAUCCACACUACUUGAGUCAUGUGCCUGGCCUACCAAAUCCUUGCCAAAACUAUGUGCCUUAUCCCACCUUUAAUCUGCCUCCUCAUUUUUCAGCUGUUGGAUCCGACAAUGACAUUCCUCUAGAUUUGGCGAUAAAACAUUCCAGACCUGGGCCAACUGCAAAUGGUGCCUCUAAGGAGAAAGCGAAGGCACCACCCAGUGUAAAAAAUGAAGGUCCCUUGAAUGUAGUUAAAAUGGAAAAAGUUGACCGAAGUACUCAAGACGAGCUGUCAACCAAGUGUGUGCACUGUGGCAUUGUCUUUUUGGAUGAAGUGAUGUAUGCCUUGCAUAUGAGUUGCCAUGGUGACAGUGGACCGUUUCAGUGCAGUAUAUGCCAAUAUUUUUGCACGGACAAGUAUGACUUCACAACUCACAUCCAGAGGGGCCUACAUAGGAACAAUGCACAAGCUGAAACGAAUGGCAAAUCUAAAGAGUAAAAUAAAAUAAAAUUAAAUAAACCUUAGCACUUAGCACAAUUAAACAGAAAUAGGUUUCCUUGAUGGGAAUUCAAUAGCUUGUAAUGUCUUAUUAAGCACUUCAUAUAGCAAGCAUGCCUUAUUCAGUAUAAAGUCCUACAUUAUUUUCUCCUCCCUCCUUUUCCUUCUUAUAAACAAAAAAGUGAGUUCCCAAGAAAGAGAGGCAAAAUGGAUGGCAGCUGGAAUGGGGCAUGGGGUGGGUAGGGCUAAAGGAUAAUCACUUGUGACAUGUCCCGCCAAAACUACACAAAAUACACUAUAUCAGGGCAAGUCUCUUUGGGGGGGAAAACCCUUAACCAGAUAACUAAUGCUUUUCUUCUUGUACAAAAAAACCUUAGCUGGCUAGAAUGCAAAGAUGUAUAAUGCUGAAGCAGGUGUACAGUAAGAUAUGCACACUGUAUAGCAAAAUGGACUUACUAAAUAAACGGAUGUCCAGAAA